AUGGGAAGACUUAUCAAAAAUCACUGGGCGCGACUCAUUAUCCUUACAGCCUCAGCUUGUAUGUACCACGCCUCUUCAUCUAUUCAUAUGACGAUACUAAUCUGGAUGACUGAAUGUACAGACCAAAUUGGUGGGGCGAUCGAAGGAUUUAUCUGGCCAAAGGUGUUCUGGGACUUUAUGACGCUCAAUCUGAACGGCGCUGUGAAUCCGGUCCCUGUUCUUCAGAUUCUCAACCUCCUCUUAGGUCUACUCGGACUUGCAUGGGAAUGGCCUUUGAAAUAUGUCGCCGGCUCCCUCGCGCACCGCAGCAUCGAAUUCCGGUUGAUCUUCUAUCCCCUCAGCGCUCUCCUCUCUAUGCUCCUCUACCAGGGAACGGACCCUGCUCUAUACUAUCUUAUUGGAAUCGGUGUGUAUUUCUGGGCCUACAGUGAGGGCGAGGUCGUUUGCCCUGUACCAUGGACCCUCCCGAAACGAAGCGAAUACAAGGUAUAG